CACAACCACCUAUCUCACCCGACAAGCUCGUUUUCAUACUUCAACAAUGAACGGAUUCACCCUGGCUAUUGCCGCCAUUGCUACUUCAGUUGUCUCGGCCCUCCCGCUCUAUGGCGGCGGAUACUACCCUGGCAUGCAGUCAAGCCACCACAACGCUGGUGCGUACGAUAAUGGAGCUACCACGAACAUGUCACCGUUCGGCAGCAGCAGCAAUUCGUGGAAUAACGGAUUCUCGUCGACACAAGACAGCGCUGCUUCACCAUUUGGCAGCUCUGGCAGCUCAUCAUUCAACCAGUGGAAUAACAACGCGUGGUCCAACAACUAUAACCCUUAUGGAUUUUACGGCGGGUAUGCCCCCUAUGGUGGGUACGGCGGCUACGGCAGCCGCUGGUAACCCUAAGAAUUAUCCCUGGCAUGGGUAUUUUAACUGCUAUGCUUUCUGUGUGCGCAUCAAUGACGAAUAAACUUUUUAAACUAU